UAAACUGCCCACUACGCCUGCGCAGUGCUCUCUCCUUGCAAGUUGCGAACUUGGGGUUUUCCUUAUUCUUGGUUUAAAUAUUCUUAAGUUUCGUCGACUUUCUCGAAGACCCACAGAUGUCGGACGCUGGCGUGGAUAAGGCCAAGCCCUCGCCUCACAAGGUGCGGAAGCUCGACCCACAGGACGCCGUGUCUUCGGAAGGGGACGACAGCAAAGAGUACGACGCCGAGACCCAGAAGGCCCUCGAAGACAUCGACGCCUGCCAGAAUGAGAUCGACGCGUUGAACGAGCAAGCGUCGGAAGAGAUCCUCAAGGUGGAACAGAAGUACAACAAGCUGAGGAAGCCCUUCUUCGAGAAGAGGAACGACCUCAUCCAGAAAAUCCCAAACUUCUGGGUUACGGCAUUUGUGAACCAUCCCCAGGUGUCAGCCCUACUGACAGAGGAGGAUGAGGAGUGUCUGCACUACCUGACUAAACUGGAGGUGGAAGAGUUCGAGGACAUCAAGUCAGGAUACAGAAUUAAGUUCUUCUUCGAUGACAACCCUUUCUUUGAGAAUGAAGUCAUUGAGAAAGAGUUCCACCUCGGGUCUUCAGACUUUGAUACUGUAGGUGACCCCGCCUCCAAGUCGUCGGAGAUCAAGUGGAAGGAGGGGAUGGACCUGACCAAGCGGAACAAGGAGAUCACCAAGCAGGGAAGGAAACGGCUACACGAGGAGCCACGAAGCUUCUUCUUCUGGUUCACAGACAACACAGACGCAUCCUGUGAUGACAUUGCAGAGGUGAUAAAGGAUGACAUGUGGCCCAACCCUCUCCAGUACUACCUGGUACCUGAUGUGGAGGUAGAGGAGAAUGGUCUGGAUGAUGACAGUGAUGAAGACGAGGAUGGAGUAGAUGACUCGGUGGUGGUGGUGGAUGAGGAGGAUGAGCUGGAUGAGGAGGAUGAUGAAGAUGAUGAGGAUGAUGAUGAGGAGGGGGUGGAGGUCCUGGAUGAUGAUGAAGAUGAUGACCUGGAGGGUGAGGAGAUUUAUGAGGAGGGUGAGGAAGGUGAGGAAGACACGAAUGAGGGAGAAGUGGAGGGAGGAGAUGGGGGUGCAGACAGGAAGGUGGCAGCGGCGGAAGGUGAGGAGGAUUUGGAUGAAGAUGACGAUGAGGGAGCAUGAAGAAAAACCCACAACAAUCCGUGACUCCAACAUUCUGUAAAUACUGCUUCUUUCCACGAGGGUCGACUGGACACACAGUGGUCAUCUCCUAACCUUCCAACGGUCACUCCUCUUCACAACUUGUCAGCAGUGCUGGUCAACCCGUGAUCUACUUACUAAAACUAGAC